GAAAAAAAAAACUGCGAAAGUAUACAUAUAACGUAUUGGUUACACCGCGGUGAUGAAGUGAAGAGGGAGCUUCUCGGAGAAGUCUACACCGUCGUAUCUGGAGGAGUGAAGCCGCUGGACUGGAGUACGCCGGAGAAGAAGGGAAGCUUGCCGGAGAAGAAAACCAGGCCGCCGGACCAAGCCACUGCCGCAGUCGCCGUUCGCCUGGAUCGUCGUGUUGUGUCUACAUCACCAUCGGAGAAGAGGGUCAAGGUCCCGCUACUUGAUUCGUGCUGUUGUUGCCGCCGGAAGUGCAGCCCUGCGAUUAGUGGUCGGCAUCAGGUUGACAACGGAAAGGUGAUUUGUGUGAGGAGGAAAGUAAGAGACUUAACUAGGGGUACUCGGAGCUCAGAUGAUUAUCCUUUGGAUGAUGAUAUGCAUGCUUGAGUUCUUGAGGGCGGUAUUUAGAGACAUCUUCAUCAAUAAGACUUUACUUUAAGAACUUUUGGUUUAAGAACAUGUAAUGGACAUCUUUACUUUUCUAUUUCCCACACUUUAGAAUAUUUGGACAAGUAUUUUUGGUUAGCAUGUGCACUUAGCUAUGGGUGUGCUAAGUGUGGCGGUAACACGCUCAAUUUCCUUUUUGUUAUUCCGCUGCAACAUUUUAAGUAUUUCCAAAUAAAAUUCAUCAUUUC